CACGGGUAGAGUUGUCCGACUUAAAAAAACAGCUGGGCUCUUACGUGGCCACACAGAGAAACGUGGGACUGCAAAGCAAAGGGGACACGGCAACGGGUUUAGAUAAGGAUUGUCGCGGUUAUAGUGGUUUCACAGUUAUGCAAAAUAACAAAAACGCAAGAGGAUUAGUGACACACAUCAAGUGGAGCAAAAUAGCAAAACAGUGAGAAAGCGAUAUACGGCUUGCCUCAGAGAUGAAAGAGAUGAUCAUGUUGACGAAGAGACGUUCAACCCAAGGAAAUCUCAAGCUCUGAAACACAUUUAUUAUGCUGCAAGAUUGUUAUUCUUCACUGACGAGGGGUAGUUGCUAAAGGUUCCCCCGAAGUCUUUGAGCCGUAAGAGCUACAAGUACUUCUGUAAUCAAGGGGAUGUAAAAGAGUUUUAAACAGAAUGUGAAUUGGGUAUCACUGGUCGAAUGUGCUAGAGAAUGAAGCACCUGGAAUUGGUCUCUGCCUUAUUUGUUGGAACAAUGGCAGCAUUAAAUCGUAGACUCAAGGUUUUUUUCCACUAAUCUGGAAGGAGGGCGACAUGGCAAAGCCCUUCUACAGGCUUCAGCGCUUCUUGCGACGGACUCAGCUGCUGUUUUUGUUCCUUGGUGUCGCAUAUAUUAUGGCUGGAAGUGUCCUUCUUCUGCAGAGACAUGGAUUUGUGGCGUCACAGCGUGGGACGAGCAGUUACUUUCCAUUGCCGUCUUUGCCAUCUCCUCCCAGGGCCCUGGAGGCACCUGCCCUUCGGACAAGUUAUGGAAUAAUGGGCGCUCGGGUCACCAGAAACGGGAUGGGAUACCAAAGCGUUUUAUCCGAAGACAACGCUGGACCACAGUGGCUGAUCUCACGAAACCAAGAGAUCCGAUAUCUGAGACGUCGCUGGUUCCACAGCCUCAUGUCCGAACAGGAAGCAUCCAGAGUGGAGAAAGUUCUUCCAAAAAGAAAAGUCCGACACAAAGGCACAUACAUCGGCUGCUUUCUGGAUGACGCCAAAGACCGGACGCUCAAAGGGAUGGUGUUUUAUGACUUCCGGAAAAUGACCAGCACCUUGUGUCAGGACACCUGCACGGAAAGCGGGUACCAGUUCGCUGGCCUUGAAUAUGGGUCCGAGUGUUACUGUGGCAACCGCAUCACAAGCACUCGGAUGAAAGAGGAGGAGUGUAACUUGGACUGCAAAGGCGAGAAGGGCGCCAUCUGUGGAGGUGUGUCCCGACUGUCCAUUUACAAGGUGGAGGAGGUUCUUCCUGGCCAACGGAGAUACAGGAACGUGCGUUACCGGGGCUGCUUCAGAAAACCUGACAACACAACAGCAGCUUCCCUGGCACAUGCCAUCCAGCCCAACCUCACCUCCCAGUGGUGCAUCGAGACCUGCACGGAUCAGGAGUUUCCUCUGGCUCUGGUCAGGACUCCUGACUGUUUCUGCGGCUAUGCCACUGCUCGCUUCACUCUUCAUGAGCCGGUGAAAGAGGAGCUCUGUGCUGUGGAAAACAGCAGUCUGCCUAUCCAGAGUUCCCAUCAGCACUUUCUCCAGGUUUAUCAGACACCUGUUCAAGAUUCCAGAUGCACAGAGAAGAAGUUCCUACCUGAGAAGUCAAGCUCACUUGUGGCUUUGUCCAGUUUUCCUGGUGCAGGAAACACCUGGGUCAGGCAUCUGAUCGAGCUUGCCACAGGCUUCUACACAGGCAGUUACUACUUUGACGGCACGCUCUACAAUAGAGGCUUCAAGGGUGAGAAAGAUUAUUGGAAGAGUGGAAGAACCAUCUGUGUGAAGACCCAUGAGAGCGGCCAGCGGGAUAUCGAGGUGUAUGACUCAGCAAUACUGUUGAUAAGAAACCCCUACCGCUCGCUCAUGGCUGAGUUCAACCGCAAGUGCGCCGGGCAUCUUGGUUACGCUUCUGAUCAACACUGGAAGAGCAAAGAGUGGCCAGAAUUUGUGGGUAGUUAUGCCUCGUGGUGGGCUUCGCACGUAUUGGACUGGCUGCGUUAUGGAAAGAACCUUCUGGUGGUGCAUUAUGAGGAGCUGCAGGAGUCACUGGUGCCCACGUUACGAUCCAUCACUUCCUUCCUCAAUACCAGUGUCAGCGAAGAUCGGCUCCUCUGUGCUGAGUGCAACAAGGAUGGCCACUUCAAGCGCUCAGGUGCACGACGGCCCAGCUUUGACCCCUUCACCCUAGAUAUGAAACGGCUGAUUGAUGGCUACAUCAGCACUGUGGACCAGGCCCUCAGAGCCAGCAACCAUUCUAGCUUGCCAAAGGAGUAUCUCCCUAGAUGAUAAGUCCAGAACUAGAGUACACGGCUGGUUGUCUCGCUCAAACUCCAGUGCUACAAACUAUGAUGUCUUGGAGCUAUUUUGAUAUGUUAUUUCCUCACAUUUUGAGGCAGAAAAUAGUGCCAUUAUGAUGCUGUUGUGCUUUGAGAUCGUCAUGUUUUAACGGCGGUCCGUGGACCAGUCUGCGAAAGGAAACAAAGUUCAACUUUGUUGCCAUACCAUGGUGGAUAAUUAUAAAGAUUAGGUUUGAUGACUGCAGACUUGAACUUGAGGCUCUAGUCAGAGGCUAAUAAGUUCUCCUUGCUCUUUUGGGAAGAAACCUGAGUGCUUAAUAACAUUAGUCAACUACAAGUCACAAAAAGCCUAAAUAAGCAACAGAUGUAACUGCUUAUGAACUAAUCUGACAUGUACUGUAGAUGAUAAUGAAAUGUCCACAUGACCACAAAAACAACAUCAUUUUAUUACUGUAUUGUGACAUUUUUGUUUUUUUUUACUUCUUAGAGAAAAAUUUGGACUGUUUACAAAGAUUUUUGAAA